AGGGUUACGUACGAAUCGCAGAGCAUGUACUACUGUACAGAGAACGAUGACGGUAUACAGGCAGCGCUGUACCUCAUCAAAAAGAGAGAGAAGAAAACAGCAACAUAUAACCUGAUGGUGAAACAGGAGAGUGACGACGAAGUUUCCGACAUUUGUCGGGUCAAGAUUUAAGCAGAGAUACAUUGGCCUACAUCAAGCGCUUUCAUAAUUGGUACAGUUAUCUUUGUCACAACUCACUAGUACACUAAGUUGACAGGGAUGGGGACCCUUGCCAAUACAGCAGCGGUUCCUCUUUGUAUACUGCUAUCAGAAAUAUUUUACCAACCGCGUGGUGAACUGUCUCCGCUUAAAACGUCAUUUGCCGUAAAUUGAUUACAUUGUGUAGGUGUACACGAUGUGAUGUGCACCUAUUCAAUUCUCUGGACUUCACAGCGUGAGACAAGUGUUAACAGCGUAGUUAAAUUGAUUGGUGCAUGCAACCUAAGGACAUGUACCGUGAUGUUUAAUGUAGAGGCUUUUGAGAUGUUUAAAUGGGGCAUUUGCAAAAAAAUCGUGGAGCCAUCUCUCCGUGAGAGACGCUUCUGGCUCGUAAUCCAAGUAGCAACAGACACAUCACUUUCCAUUGUACGAAUUCGUCGUCUGUUAUAUUGAUCUGAUGUUGUACAAGCACAUUUACUUCUGUAUUUAUUAAAAGACUAUAUUUAUAGACACUCUAUUGUAUAGUAGAGUUUCUUAGUUGUCUCUUUUACUUGGAGAACCGUUUUGGUGUCUCUCCACUGUACAUGCCCUAACUGGGUCUCAGACUUCAAAUCCUGAUUAAAUAGUGUGCCGCAUCACUAUUUUAGAUGACAUGACAUAGUAUUUAAGGUAAAUGAGUUUCAUGGGAUGACACCAUGUCAACCCGUUUUCAAGGUCUUGAAAAUCGUGUAAAACAUCAAUUGAGAAUGAUUUGUUUCAUCAUCACAUGUUUUACUGAUUUCUAGUCUAUUUAGUUGCAUCAUUUAAUUGAGAUGUUAGUCUAUGAAACAACGAAGUAAAAUUUUACAUUUGAGAGACAUUAUUUUAUUCUUAGUUUCAUGACUCUUAAUGAUGUGACACUGUUAGAAAGAGUGUUAUAAACCACUGUGAUUAGCCUAACGCACCUAUUAAUCUCACUGGACUUCCUAUUUCAUCUACAUGUACACACCGUGUAAUAAAUCAUAAUGUUCCCUCCCUCCCUAAAAAAACAAAGGCUUCCAAUCGGCGAAACAAAGCACUGCUGGCGUCGCGGUCCAGAUGUCACUUUCGAGGAGUGCGCUGGAACUACUACUGCUGGCGGCUGGCCAGACCAGAGCCCGCACCCCGGCCAGGGCCAGGUGUCGUCUGCGCUUUCGCCGGCUACAAAACGCCAAGUCGUCUACGGACACUGCCACUGCCAGCCACACGAGUUUGGUCCGGUCCAGCUGUAGAGUUGUCGCCACGGGGUUCGCGACCCUUCCGGUGUUCCAGUUGGCGGCGCUCGACGCCUCGACUCCUCUCCUCGAGCCUUUCUCCGUCUCCUAUCCGCUGCGCGUGUCGAGCUCCACAGAGGAUGCGCAUGCGGGUGAUGAGUUUGAGUUUCCUCAUACGAGCAAGCAAAUGCUAAGGCAAUUUACCAGUCUAGCUGGCUUGGCCAUCUCCUGUAGUCCUGUGCUGGACAGUCAACAGCCUCAGGAACGUAGUACAAUUUUGGAGAGUUUCAGGUUUAUUUACUCCUAAUUCACUCCAUCCACUAGUUCAUUAGAGUUGGUGGUUGUCAGGGGAUUUGGCACAAGUUCAAUCGGAAAACAAAAUUAGACAGACGACCAUCUCUUCUCAACAGAGGAGGGGACGAAAACAGGGGACGAAAAAAAAAGGAGGGAGACGCGACACGUACCUAG